UGACGUCAUCUCCUUUAUCCUCUGCGCCAUGCUAACAAAUCUCUUCCAUAGCUCUAUGUACAUUUUUUUGGGAUAAUUUUGAGCUGUUUUAGUUUUUGACAGCGCUAAAUAUCCAACGCGCUCCUCCGCAAGCGUUUAACGGUGAGAAAAAGUUCGCGGAAUAGCGUUAGUUUCCCUUUUUUUCGCGGCGUCAUUGCAGAUUCCUGCUUAGCAUCGUUAGCUAGCAGCUUAGUGUAGCUUGGGAGCUAAUACACUCUGACAGCUUUUAGUUGUUUUUUGGAGACAAAAACACACAAAGAGCUGCUGCGUUAUCAUGAAAUAACGUCUACGGCUUUAUAAGUACGUAUAAAGACAUAUAAAUGUAUUAGCCGUUGUGUUAGCUCCGCAGCAUUAGAUGCUAGUGGGCGUUAGCUAGCUGUUGUUAUUAGCCUUCGGAUUAGCGUUCGGCUAAAGUUGUUUUCCCGUUUCCGGAAAACAGUAAAUAACCGAAAAGUCGAGAUGCAGCAAGCCGAGAACGGAGUGGAGGAGGAGGCCACGGUGGAUGUCCAGUUUACCGAUUUACCGAACGCCCUGAUAGCCUGCAAAGUACCGGAGGAUCUGUUCAAUGAAGGCAGUCUGAGGGCCAGUUUCGAGACCUUGUUCCAGUCUUUCGACCCAGAGGUGCAGUUCCAGUACUUCAGGUCCUUCCGGCGGGUGCGGAUCAGUUUCAGCGACGCUCUGGCUGCAGCCGAGGCCAGACUCCGCCUCCAUAAGACGGACUUCAACGGCAAAGAGAUGAGACUGUACUUCGCCCAGUCUGUCCACAUAGGGAGUCCUCGCCUGGAACCCCCCAAACCAGACAAACAGUUCCUGAUCUCGCCGCCCGCCUCCCCUCCCGUUGGCUGGGAACAGUCUCAGGACGCCACGCCAGUCAUCAACUACGACCUGCUGUGCGCCAUCUCAAAGCUCGGACCAGGAGACAAGUACGAACUCCACACCGCCACACCAACGACCCCCAGCGUGGUCGUCCAUGUCUGCGAGGACGAGCGCGGCGGCGACAGCUCGGCCCCCGACGACAGCGACCAAGACGACAAGCCCCGCCCCCCACGGCCGAAGAUCAUCCAGACGCGCCGCCCUGACUACGCGCCCAAAGUGGAGCAGUGAGCCAAGACGAGUUUGACGGCCGUAACGUUUCAUCCUCAAGUGAUUGAUGAAGAGCUCAACACGCUCUCAGAGCUUUGAAGAAGGUUUGAGGACUUUGGGAAAGUGCCCGAGGGCGCUGCCGCGUCCUGUAGACAAGAGAGGGAAAAAAAAAAAAAAAAACUAGUGUGGAAUGCUGCAUUCAUGUCCAGUGGGCAAUACAAGGAGAAAAGAACUUCCAAAUGGAAAAAUACUGUUCAUUUUAGCAAUCAAACGACACCUACUGCUUGCGAAAUCAGAGGAGAUGGAACUGAAGGAAACAUUGAAUAUCUGAAAUGUAGAAAAUAAUGUAUAUUUCUCUUUUGAUCAUAGCACUUUAAUACAACACAGGAGAUGGAUUUUUGGUUUGUGGUGAUAUUUUGCAAAAAAAAAAUUAAAAUAAAGCUAAAACGUACAUUGUGUUUGUAAGAUGAAGUUGGCCAGGUGCAAAUAAAGUCUGUACUAGAGCAUUCAAAUGUUUUUGGAUGUUGGUUAUUCCCACAUGACAUGAAUGCAGCAUGUGUGUCGUUUAGGUCUCAAUGGACGGACGGAAAAGGGAACUUGACUUUCUUUAAACAACUUUGCGACUGUUGAUAUUUGCUUCGGUGCUACAUGUUUGUCAGUUAGCCGAAGAGGGCGACAUGUUUUUCUCCCGGGUUGCUGACCCGAAAGUAUGUUCCCGCCGUGGCUCUGCGUUACUACUCACUGCUGUUGAUGUCACAGCUGUUUUGUGGUGGACGUGUCGUCAAGUCAAAGCUUGCCUUACUCCCAUUUUUCAGGCGGGCCCCCACAUGAUGUUCCGCUGAUGACGUGUCACGGUGUUGUUCGGGGAUUAUUUCAGCUUUGGCACUCUUUCUGUUGCUAUUUGACAUGUAAUGGAGCUACAUGACAGUUGUUUUUUUGUUUUUUGAGUGCAGAAUGGACGCAUUCAGCCAUUGAUAAUCCUUUGAAAUCUGGAGCCACUUGUCUUUUCUCGUGCUGCUUUCAGACGCCUUUUACAAGUAUUUAACCCCUUUGAACGUUGGGCAAAUUUGGUGUGUAUUCUUUCAAAAACAUAAGGGAAAAAAAUGCAAUGAGCAAUAAAUUCCAGAAAUAGUAAGAAAUUGGCUUAUUUAGAAAAUUAUUUUUAAAGCAACCUAGGGAAAAAAAUAGCAUAAUUAGAUAUAUAAGAUUUGAAAUAAUGCUAAUGCUAUUUUGUAAGCUCUUUUUCCAGGUAAUUUCUUUGUCUGUUUUUAACUUUCUUGGUUAUUUUGUUGUUGUUAUUGUUGUUGUUGUUGUUGUUGUUGUUGAUUAUAUGUUUUUGGGUUGUUCAUAUGUACACCUGUCCAUACGUCCAUCCCAUUCUUGUGAAUCGGUUAUCUCAAAAAUCCCUUGAGGGGAUUUCUUCAAAUUUGAGCCAAACAUAUGAGUAGACUCAAGAACAAGCUGAUUUUAUUUUAUGUUGGUGAUCAUAGGUCAAAGGUCAAGGUCACUGCGACCAUUUCUGUCAUAGUCUCAUGAUUGCAAUAUCUCAAGGCACAAAUGUUCAUUUGGACUCAAUGAAGUAAUCAGAUUUUGGCCGCCAUAAGUCAAAGGUCAAGGUCACAGUGACCAUACAUCUAUCUCAUUCCUGCAAACUUGAUAUGUCAAGAAUACCUUGAGAGAAUUAUUUGAAAUUUGGCACUAACAUGAACUUGGACUCAACAAUGAGCUGAUUAGAGAUUGGUGUUCAAAGGUCAAGGUCACCGUGGCCUUGCAUCCAUAAUAUUCGUGAAUGCAGUUUCUGAAAAUGGCACUGAGGGAGUUUUCUCAAAUUUGGCACAAACAUCCACUUUGACUCAAGAAUGCACUCAUUAGAAUCUGG